AUGCAGCACAAACAACUCAACCGCACGAUCGCAAUAACGACCGGUUUAAUUAUGUGUGCCGUAUACGUACUGUACACUUUUCACGCCUGCUUGUUGUCCGGGAUCAAUCGCAGUUUAAAACAGACAGCUGCUGUUACGAUAGCAUCUACCGUAACUGUAUCAACAAAUUCGCCAACGCCACUACCACACAUUCGCAUCCUUGGUUCCAUUGUGCGCAUCGUGCCACUAGUAGAUGAUGAUGCGGUCAAACAAACGGCAACGACGUUACACCUAUUGUCACCAAACACGACCGACGGUUCGCCGAAAUAUCGCUUUCUGCGCCAGCAAGGACUACGACCAUCGCGCCAUUUGCCGGACGCGCUUAUCAUCGGUGUGAAGAAGAGCGGAACACGGGCCCUAUUAGAGUUUGUGAGGCUACACCCGGAUGUACGUGCGGCCGGAUGCGAGGUUCACUUCUUUGACCGUCACUACACGAAAGGUUUGGCCUGGUACCGUCACCACAUGCCGCCAACAAUCGAGGGCCAGAUCACAAUGGAAAAAACACCCAGUUACUUCAUUACGCGUGAAGCACCCCGGCGGGUACGACACAUGAACCCCUCGACCAAGCUGCUAGUAGUGGUACGCGAUCCGGUCACCCGUGCCAUCUCUGACUAUACGCAAGCGAAGAGCAAGAAGCGCGAUAUGAAGCGCUUCGAGGAACUGGCCUUUACCAAUGGAUCGGCCGGUGGUGUAGUGGACACCAGUUGGGGACCGGUUCGUAUCGGUGUUUACGCGAAGUACCUGGAACGGUGGCUUGAGUGCUUUCCGCUGUCACAGCUUCUGUUCGUGAGUGGUGAACGGUUGAUCGCCGACCCAGCGGUAGAGAUCGGUCGUGUGCAGGAUUUUCUGGGGCUCAAGCGCGUGGUCAACGAAAAACAUUUCUACUUCAACUCCACAAAGGGUUUUCCUUGCCUGCUCAAGUCGGAGGAACGCUCCAGUCCGCACUGUCUCGGCAAGACGAAAGGGCGAAACCAUCCACGAAUCGACAGUGUCGCACUGGACCGUCUACGGGAGUUCUAUCGGCCGUUCAACCAAAAGUUUUACCACCUCACUGGCAUCAAUUUCGGCUGGCCAUAGAAUCCGUGCCUUUGUGAGCUUUGCGGCUGUUUGGAGUUCGGUGGAACACGGUGCGUGUUGCUCCGUCAAUUAAGAGCGCGUUUUCCUCCAGCGCACACUGUACAGCAUUUUCAUCGAUUCCAUUUUACGGAUGUACGGUAAUAUCCGCAAACAUCGUGUUAUUAGCCACGCUAGCUGCGACCGGAACGCAAACUUUAUAGUAUUAUAUGCGAGAUACAAAUUUAGUAUACUCAUACACAUUAAGUAGGUGUACAUACAAUAUUCAGCAAGACUGCGAUGCAUGCUACAAUGAGAUCUGACGGCGGCAACAAAAAUCAGAGCAAUCGUAUAAAAAUGGGACAAAAUGCCAGUACGAAUAGCAUAUACCAAAGUUUCAUACUUCCAAACGGUCAUAAUGAAAAUAAAUAAAAUACAAGCAGUAUUGAUCUCGAUAUGCUCUGCUUUCAUUAUUAUUUCUUUAUUAUUGUUUUACACUGUUCUGCGGAACGAUUGAUUUAUAAUUUAUUGAGAAUUGUUUUGUAGAUAUAACAGUACAAAACUAAUGUACAAUGAUUGGCAAAUUGUAGUACUAUUAAAUCAGUAUCCAACACGUAAUACCGGAUCAAUAUUGUUUUAGAUCAUGAGCUUCUGGGAAAUAUAGGAUUGCAAAUGAAACCAUAGCGAUGAAAGUAAACCAAUUUUAUUGGUAACCAAUGUAUUGUGGUGGAUAACAGCCACAGUAAGCAAACCGAGCCGAUACAGCUGAUUCAGCACCGCAACGUUUUGCGUUGAACAGUCGAUGUCGAUUCAGUCAAUUUAGCACCGAUCGGUACUAUCGACUGGCGGUGAUCGAUUGCUAACCGUCGGAAA